ACUGCCGCUUCCUAUUUGGCAGCGUGAGGUGACGUGCUGUAUUAAAAAGCCUUAACGCCACGCUUGAUUGGACGCUGCGGUUAGAGGUACCUCCCGCCCCUCCCAGCAGCGGCAGCUCGUUCGGCUUUCCUGCGCCAGCGGCGGUGUGUCACCGAGGCUGGGCUGCUGCCGGAGAGAUCCGGACUCAGAAUAUACCCAACCAUUUAACGCAACCUGGCAAACGGGGCUAAGAGGCGGGUUUUGAACCUGAAUACAGUUUAGGCUGGACCCUACGCUUCUUCUUGUCGCCUCCGCCCGUCCUCCUGAUGUCGGAUUUCAAGCUCGGGAUCGUACGGCUCGGCCGUGUGGCCGGGAAGACAAAGUACACGCUGAUCGAUGAGCAGGACAUACCACUGGUGGAGAACUAUGCCUUUGAGGCACGCAUGGAAGUAGAUGCAGAUGGCAAUGGAGCUAAGAUCUUUGCUUAUGCUUUUGACGUCGGCAAAGGACGCUGGGCAGGAAGGCCGCUGCACGAGCUGCUCUGGGAGAAGCACAGAGGAGGCAUCGCCCCUAGUUUUCAAGUUAUCCACAUCAACUCUGUGACGGUGGACAACCGACUAGACAACCUUCGACUGGUUCCAGUAGGAUGGAGCCCUAAACCAGAGGAGAUUUCCAGCAAGCAGAGAGAGCAGUCCCUCUACUGGCUGGCUAUCCAGCAGGUACCAGCCGACCCUGUGGAAGAGCAAUAUCUGGAGCUGAGUCGCACACGUUACUACAACGCAAAUGGGGAGCUGGUGGAGGAAGAGGAGUGUUCUUGCACCUACUACGAGUGUCACUACCCUCCUUGCUCGCUCAUUGAGAGGAGGCUGCGGGAGUUCAACAUAUGCGGCCGCUGCCAGGUGGCGCGCUACUGCGGGUCCCAGUGCCAGCAGAGGGACUGGCCGGCCCACAAGAAACAGUGUCGCGAGCGUAAGCGGGCGCUGGCCCUGGAGUCUGAGCCAGAGCGGUGAUCCGUCUUCAUCCUUGCUUGGAAGGGGAGGAGGAGGAUGACCAUCGGGGAGGGAAUGGGGUUACACUUGG